AGCCCCUCCUUCCCUGCCCGCCACCCUCCAGGGCUCCCAGACUCAGCAGGCAGAGCCCGGGCGCGCUCGGAUAGCGGAGAGGUCCCUGCCCGGUCUUGCGCACCCGUUCUGCCGCUGCCCGGGGGUCGACAUGGGCGCCCCGAGGGGUCGGGGGCGCCUGGCCUGGAUCGCCGCUCUUCUGCUCCAGCUGCUCGUCUCCUGCGUCCCGGCGCAGGGCAGAGGGAAGGCCUUUGGAGACCCGGAUCAGCAUGUUCGCAUGACCUCCGAGGGCUCCGACUGCCGCUGCAAAUGCAUCCUGCGCCCGCUUGGCAAAGCUGCCUGCGCCCGUCUCCGAGAAGGCAGCCGGAGGGGGGAGGACUUCUACACUGUGGAGACGAUCAGCUCAGGGGGCGACUGCCGCUGCUCCUGCACGGCCCCCCCAGCCUCGCUCAACCCCUGCGAGGACGAGUGGAAGAUGGAGAAGCUGAAGGAGCAGGCCCCCGAACUACACAAGCUGCAGUCGGUCAUCGACCUGCUGGAAGGAGCCCUCUACAGCAUGGACUUGUUGAAGGUCCAUUCCUACAUCGACAAGGUGGUGGAGCAGAUGAACACCUUGGAAGAGACGGUCAAAACCAACCUGAGCCGCGACAGCAACGUGGUGAAGGAGAGCGUCAUGCACUUGAGUGACCAGAUGAGGCGCUACGAGAACUACUCGGACAUCAUGGCGGGCAUCAAGAAGGAGCUUUCGAACCUGGAGCAUCAGCUGCUGCAGAAAGACGCGGCCGUCGCAAGCCCCGAACUCAAGGCCCAGGACCCUGCAGGACGCCAGGAGAGCGUUCAGAAAUAUCCCAGUCCUCGGAAAAGCCUGGGGGACAAAGAGACCCCCAGAAUUCCCAAGGAGAAGUCCCUCAAGGCAGAGAAACUGAGGAAGGAAAGUGCCAAAGGGAGGAAGGGGCUGCCACUGGCCAGUUCCAAAGCCCACUCCUCCGGGCAGGAAACAGUCAUCCGGGGUGUUGUGUACUACAAAGCGGGACAUCGAACGGAAGCUGAGGGGGUGGCGAGCAGCCGUGAAAACCUUGGGAAGGAAGCUGGAUCCAAAAUGGCUGACCCAGAGACCCUCUCCAGAGCAGGAGAAAUCCCUUCGACGGCUUCCCCUGCCAACGCCACCUCCGUGCCCAUCAUCCCCAGCAUCGGCGCCAUGCUCCAAAGUCGGUCUGGUGCCCCUCUGCUGUCCAGGAGGCGUGGCCACGUCCCCGAAGUCCCUCCCACGCCCAGCCACGCACCCAGGGCCUCCUGCGAGGGGACCCUAAAGGCGGUGGAGCCCCCCCAGGAGCAGCACAGCUUCGGUCGAAAUGAGGGCGCCUGGAUGAAGGACCCGGCGGCCUCCGAUGACCGGAUCUACGUGGCUAGCUAUUAUUACGGGAACAACCUGCUCGAAUUCCGCAAUUUGGAGAAUUUCAAGCAAGGGCGCUGGAGCAACAGCUACAAGCUCCCCUACAGCUGGAUCGGGACCGGCCACGUGGUCUUCCGGGGCUGCUUCUACUACAACCGGGCCUUCACCAGGAACCUCAUCAAAUACGACCUGCGCCAGCGCUUCGUGGCCGCCUGGUCCUUCCUGGAUGAUGUGGUCUACGAGGACGCCACGCCCUGGAAGUGGCGAGGCCACUCCGACAUCGACUUGGCCGUGGACGAGAGCGGGCUGUGGGUCGCCUACCCGGCCGCAGACGACGGCUACUCCCCGCAGGAGGUCCUCGUGGUGAGCAAGCUGGACGCCGCCGACCUCUCCACGCAGAAGGAGACCACCUGGAAGACCAGCCUCCGGCGCCACGCCUACGGCAACUGUUUCAUGGUCUGCGGCGUCCUGUACGCCGUGGACGAGGGCCGCGCCAGGGAAGGCCGCGUGAUCUACGCCUACGACACUCACACGGCCACCGAAGCCCACCCCGGGCUGCCCUUCCAGAACAGGUUCGCCUUCACCACCCAGGUGGACUACAACCCAAAGGAGAAAGUCCUGUACGGCUGGGAUAACGGCCACCAAGUCACCUACAAGCUGCAGUUUGUGGCUUGAGGAUCGGGACCUGCCCCCCCCCAAAGCCACGGGCGGGCGCUCUCCGUGGCCGCAGGAUGGCCCCGGCCCCGGGAGGGACUUUGAUAGAGUGGAUUGGACGCAACAGAGAGGACAAACCUCUCCCUUCGCGAAAGAGCUUCGUGGUGGGAACUUUCGGGGUGACCCCAACAUCUGGCAGGAUUCGGGGGGUGACGAGCAGUUAGGAAGCUCUUCGUGGCAGGCUUUUUUUUUUUCCCUCCUCGUGAACUUUCUUGCCCGUCGGACGCCCCAUGAAAACAAUACAGGCAGCCCCCACCUUACAAACGGUUCAUUUAGCGACCGCCGGAAGACUUCAGUGACUUGUGGCUGUUUCCCCACACUUAACAACCGUCGCUGGUCUCCCCGUUGCUGGCCAUGAAGAUCAAAACUCAUACGCUUGGCAACUGCUUCGUACUUACGACGGUCGCCGUGAUUCACUUAACAACUGUGGCAAGGACGGUCGUAAAAUGAGGCAAAAGUCACUGCACAAAUGUCUCGCAUAGAGACAGAAAGCUGGGGCUCCGUUGUGGCCAAGGGCUGCCUGUAUCUCCUAUUCUCCUCCCCCCCACCGGGCAGGGGUCUCUGCAAACUUAAAGUCCGCUUUAAGACUUGGGACCCCGACUCCCAGCUGGCUGGGGGAUUCUGGGAGUCGGAGUCCCCAAGUCUUUAAAGUGGCCAAUUUUGCAGAGAGCCUUCGGGCGUCUGAAAGUCUGUUUGUUUUGCCCACAAGUUACACAAUCUUUUUUGUCGCUUUGUUUGGAAGAAUGUUCACACACACCCACACACACACAAACACCCACACACGAUUUUUUUCUCAGGGAAAAGAAAAAGCUGGCGCUGGUACGGAGGCAGUGCCUGACUCUUAGAGAGGAGAGGAGAGAAUAGAAUAGAAUAGAAUAGAAUAGAAUAGAAUAGAAUAGAAUAGAAUAGAAUAGAAUAGAAUAGAAUAGAAUGAAGGUAGAGUAAAAAUAGAAUAGAAUAGAAAUUA